AUGGACCCUAUCGAAGAUUUCGUUGCUGUAUAUCGACGGGAGCGCGACCAGUGGGAAUGCUUGAAGAAUCGCGCUUUUGAUGUCUGCAAUGCCGGCUUGAAGCAGAUCGGCGUGAUGAGUCUCGUGACGAGCCGCGUCAAGAAUGCGGAUUCCUUGAAAAAGAAGCUAGACAGCAGAAAUAAUCUGAAGGCAUACAGCAGCCAGAGCUCGAUCAUGGACGACCAACUUGACUUUGUCGGCUUGCGUAUUGCCCUGUACUUCCCUCACCAGAAAGGGGAUGUCAUUCAAAUGCUCAAGCUUCAGUUUCAGUACGGAUCCAUGCGGCCAUUCGAUCGAGACUGGAAGCCGGAGGACCCGGGUAUCUACCAGAAUCUCUUCGGGCAGUACGUUGCUGACCAUGUCUGGGUCUCACUCCGUGAGAAAGACCAACCCGGGGCUGGAAAAUAUGCCACAUCUAUAUUCGAGAUCCAGCUCCGUUCGGUGCUAAUGGAUGCAUGGGCCGGCAUUAGUCAAGACUUGACAUACAAGGCAUUUUCGGGUGAUCCUACCGCCAGAGAGCUCAAGCUUCUCGACGCGCUCAAGGGCCACGUGGAGGUGGGUGAGCUUGUGCUCGAGCAGCUGUAUCACGUUCACCAAAAACGUCUCGAGACAGAGAACGAGCCGAUACUCAGUCCUCGAGAUUUAAGAGAGGUCAUGGUCGACUCUCUGCCGGAGAGCCAGAUAUCUGAAGUCGAAAUCGGCGAUCUCGACGCGUUGCUAUUGGCCUUGAGGGGUAUUUCGGCAGAUACUCCGCUCGGCCUUCGUGGCUUUCUGCGAAGUCAUGGAAUGAGGAGCGAUCUGCGUGGUGAGCUGCGUCGCUUUCAUCAUGAGUUCCAACCAGUACCUCCAACAAUAGCAUUCUGUUUCUUGCAGAAGGUCGUGGCAUACAUUUCAACACGAGAAGAACUGCAACGCGAAGUCACAGCUAAGAUAAGGAGGUACCAAGACAGGGCUUGGUGGGACAGCCGGUACUGGCAACCGCUCAUAUGGCUCUCUCUUAAGCUUUCGCCAUCACUUGCGGUACCGAGCGUGGCCCUAACAGCAUCGCAAGUUCGGAAAUACGUCCACUUAUGGUGCGCAGAGCAUUAUGGCCGCACUAGAGCUUCUGGAACAUUCGAUGAUGAAUGUGUUAUUGACUGCUUUCAUCGUACUAAGGAGGGCUCUGCGCUUGCCUUUGAGUUCGUCGCUGAGCUUUGCACCCUGGGUCUUGGUCCAACAGAAGCUACAUACAUGGAGGAACAUGAAGAGUGUGACCACGAGGACGAUAGGUUCACUGUGAUAGCAAACGCCAUGCACAGGGCAUAUACAGCAGACUCACAAGCAUGGGUUGGAGCGGUAUAUGAUUUCAACAUAUCGCUCAGAAAUCACGACACCAAGGACACGUAUAGCUUCUUGCACUCGACCGACGUCGCACUUUGGCUGUUGAGCCUAGACAAGAUAGAUCUCCUAGUUGAGCUGCUCAAGGAAUGGCCGCUGGGGGAUCAACUCCGCGGUCAGCCCAAGAAAUGCUUGGAAGCCAUUAAUAAGCUAGCAGAGACGGACUCAAGCCAAUCGAUGCUACGACUGCUGCGACAAGAGACUGGCGGUUUCAUAUUCUUGGAUAUAGAGUCUUAG